UUGAAAGCUUUGGAAACAUCUAUCAAAGCCAUUGAAGAAGUCAUUAUGAACAAGAAAGGAACAUUUGUUUUACAACAAGCUCCAAAGGUUGUCACAGAUAUGGAUGAAGCAGACUUUGCAAAGGAACUGGAAAAACUUGAACGUCAAAAUGCAGAAGUUGAUGGUGAUGAUGAUAAUCCUGAUGAUGAAGAAGAACAAGAUGAAGCAAAAAUGAUUGUGCUGAAAUCAGUGAACUACAAUAUAGAACUGGAAGCCAUCCCUCAAACUUUCCACAGCGGGAGAGGGUAAGUAGAUCACGAACGUGACGUCAUUCAAAGUGUGCCAGAUAUCAUCGCUCCGUCUGAGGCGACGGUGUGCAACUCUCAUAAACCAGGAGAGAGUAUUUCUCAUUGUAAUUCGUCAGAGUCAGACCCAUUUUGUCAAGUGUAUGAGAUUUCUAUUUCAGAAGAGAGGUUGCUCUGACUGUGAAAGAUCGUCCUUUACAAAAAGAUGACCGACAAAGGUAAAAAAUCCUGUGUUGAACAAGAGAAUAACGUUAAAAAAGAUGGUUGUGAUGGGCUAGAAGAUGGCAACGAAAGAUACGACAAUGCAGUAGAAAAUGAAAGUAUGGAAGGUGGUGAAAAUACUCAACCAAUUCCAAAUUUACCCAUUCAAGAAACUCUUGCUGAAGAAUUUUUGUUUGACCUGCUAGACUUUACAAGAGAAGAUAGAUGUGCGAUGGAAAUGCUGAACGAACAUUUUGUGUUAAAUGUACCAUCAACGUUAGAAAAACUUUAAAGAUUCGUCAACUUCAACGUAAAAUGAUUUAUACUAAGAGAAAUAAAUCAUGCACAUUUUAUAUUAUAAAUAGGUUUGUGUAAAACGCAAGAACUCAAGAAAAUAUUUUGUUUUUACCAUUCAAUAAUCAAUGGACGAAAGGCAUACUUUAAUCUUAUGUACUAAUGAACCAUUUAAAAUAAUUUGUAAGUUUUUGUAAAUCUCUUUCUUAAUAAUAUUUAUUUUUAUUAAUGUGAUAAUUAAUAUUUAUUGAAUGGUAAUUUUUUAGUGCCGUCAUUUCAUGCGUUAUAAUGUAUAAACCACUGAUAUAAACUCAUACAUUCCUACA